UCUUUAUUUUUAACCCUUUCCCGGCCGUUCCUUGCAGGCUUUUGGGCGAGGCCAAUGCCGGCCUCAUGGCUUUGGCCACGGACUCGGCGCCGGGCAAGCGCAUCCGCAAACCCUCGCUGCUCUACGAGGGCUUCGAGAGCCCCACCAUGGCGUCGGUGCCGUCGCUGGCGGCUCCGCAGGCCAACCCGCCUCCGCCGGAGGUUUCCAACCCCAAGAAGCCGGGCCGCGUCACCAACCAGCUGCAGUACCUGCACAAGGUGGUGAUGAAGGCGCUCUGGAAGCACCAGUUCGCGUGGCCCUUCCGCCAGCCCGUGGACGCCGUUAAGCUCGGCUUACCGGACUACCACAAGAUCAUCAAGCAGCCCAUGGACAUGGGAACCAUCAAGCGCCGCUUGGAGAACAAUUACUACUGGGGCGCGGCCGAGUGCAUGCAGGACUUCAACACCAUGUUCACCAACUGCUACAUCUACAACAAGGUCAGGGACCUGCCAAAAUGGCCCAAAAUCCACCCAAAAUCCACCCAAAAUCCACCCCAAAAAGUGCACGAAAAAUCCCACCAAAAAUGCCAUAAAAAUAGCCCAAACCAGCACGAAAAUACCCUGAAAUUGGUGAAAGCCGCCCAAAAAUACGCCAAAAACCAUCCCAAAAUACACCUAAAAAUG